AUCUUUGGUCCCUUUUCAAGAUUUCCAAACCAAAACAUUUUGUUCUCUAAAACCCUAAAAUCCACACAUCAACAAAAUGUUACUCCACUCAACAAUAUCUCAAUCUCCACCACACCCACAACCCAUUUUCAUAUCAUCAUCAAAUUCUUUAAAUUUCCCAUCUGGGUUUAGGAUUUUACAACUCAAAAAGUCCAAAUGUAGUGGCUUUAUUGUAAAAAACCAAUCUUCAGUGUCAAAAGUGCAUAGUUAUGGAACAGUUGAUUAUGAGAAAAGUAGGCCAGGAACAAGUGUAACAUGGAAGUCUAUUUAUAAAAGGAUUUCAGUAAUGGGGAACCCUGAAAAGGGUGCAACUGAGGUUUUGAAUCAGUGGGAAAAUGAAGGCAAAAAAGUUACAAAAUGGGAACUUUGUAGAAUUGUUAAAGAAAUGAGGAAAUAUGGUAGGCAUAAGCUUGCUCUUGAGAUUUACAUGUGGAUGAAUAACAGACCUGAGAGGUUCAGAAUAUCAUCGAGCGAUGCGGCAAUUCAACUAGAUCUAGUAUCUAAAGUAUACGGUAUAUCAGGUGCUGAAGAUUACUUCAAAAGCCUGCCGAAUAAUUUAAUGGACAAACGUAUAUAUGGGGCCCUCUUAAAUGCUUAUGUGCGUGCUAGAAUGGUGGAAAAGGCCGAAUCUUUAUUAGUUGAAAUGAAAAAGAAAGACUAUGCUAGCCAUGCCCUUCCAUUCAACGUGAUGAUGACCCUCUACAUGAACCUUAAAGAUCAACAAAAAGUGGAAGCCUUAGUUAAAGAAAUGAUGCAAAACAACAUCGAUUUAGAUUUAUAUUCAUAUAAUAUCUGGAUUUCAUCUCGUGGGAAUCAAGGAUCUAUUGAAGAAAUGGAGGAAGCUUUUGAAAAACUAAACCUUGACGGGUCGGUCAAUCCAAAUUGGACUACUUAUAGUACCAUGGCUACUUUAUAUAUCAAGAAGGGCGCAUUUGAAAAGGCUGAAGAUUAUCUUAGAAAGAUUGAAACCCUAAUCACAGGGCGUGAUCGAAUUCCUUAUCAUUAUCUUUUAAGUCACUAUGGUAGUAUUGGGAGGAAAGAAGAAGUUCAAAGGAUUUGGGAAUCCUAUAAAACAAUCUUUCCAUAUAUACCGAAUUUGGCUUAUCAUGCUGUUAUCUCCGCGUUCAUCAGAAUGGAAGAUAUUGAAGAAGCCGAGAUUCUUUAUGAAGAAUGGGUGUCAAUAAGGUCAUCUUAUGACCCAAGAAUUGGUAAUCUUUUAUUAGGUUGGUAUACUAGAAAUGGGCUCUUGGAGAAAAGUGAACUUUUUCUCAAAGAAAUGUUGAAUGUUGGCAAAUCAAAUUCGAGUACAUGGGAAAUUGUUGCUGAAGGGCACAUCAAAGAAGGUAGGGUAUCAGAUGCAUUAUCUUGCUUUGAAAAAGCGGUAUCUAAUGAAGGGUCGAGCUUCUGGAGGCCAAAACCUGUGAAUGUUGCUGCUUUGUAUAAUCUUUGCGAACGGGAUAAUGAUGAAAAAAGCAAGGAGGCGUUGCUUGAGGUGUUGAAAGGAGCUGGUGUUCUUGAGGAUGAUGCUUAUAUGUCGCUUUUACCUUUUUACAAUGGAUCAAACCCGGGAAAUGUUCCAGAAAUUGAGGGUGAUAAUGAUGAAGAAGCGGCGGAUUUACUUUUAAACGAACUGCAAGCAAUUUAAGGACUGAUUAUAAUCUGGUAUUUAUGUUAUAAUUCAUUGUUGUUAAAGAUUAAUGCAGAUUCUAGUUAUGGUUAGUCGUUACACAAGAUUUUGCAGAGUUCUUAUGAUGAUGUUUGGCAUUUUGAGCGAAGUUAGAUACAUUCAAGGAGUUGGUUUUUUUAGGCUUUUA